AGAGAGAGAGAGAGAGAGAGAGAACCUCUGCUGAGUUGGAACGAGUGUGAAAGGAGAGUGAUGGAGGGAGGAGUUCCCUUUGUAAUCCCUCUGAAUGUGAUUGAAGAUGAAGAGAGACAUUAAAGAAAAGCUGCUUUUAUUUACUCUGAAGUAGCCGAGUCGGCUUUCAGCAGUCAUCUGAUUUCCUAAUAACCUCGUGAACAAGAAGACGUCUGUGUGUAAUUGGAGUAAACCGCAGAGCUUGGCCUCGUAUCUCACUGGAGGAAUUAAGGACUUUAAUUAUAUGUUUGUGUCUGUGCUGAAGAAUAGACAAGGAGUUUACAGAAUGAUCGUUGAUUUAUUUACAGUUUAUUGAAGAAUAUAGAAAAAACAGACUUGUCCUUUAGAGGGAAUGUAUCAAAGAGAACAAAUAGUUAAAACAUUUGAUCAUUGUUAAACAUACAACAUGAUCCUCUUACUUAACAUCUCUGCAUAUGAUUUUGUAUUUUGUAAUCAAAUGUCUGCAGAUGAUAAUGAGCCCACUAAUAAUGUUUGGUGUGUGUUCGCUGGAUGCCGGCAGUUGUUUUUCGCAGGCGUUGGAGAGAAAACUCCUUCAAUUCUUUUAAUUGUGGGUUUUAAGGUUUGUGAGAAGCUCUAACUAUUGUUUUGAAGCGAUCGGUUGUGUUUGUAGUCUCAGAACAGGAUGUUCUCUCCGGAACGCAAGUUGUGUUUAAGAUAUUAGAUUUCACAGGUUUCUCCUUUCUGCCUGCUCUUCUCAUAUUUGGAUUUUGAUGUUCUGCUCCAGAACAUGUGAUUAUAAGUGUGUGUGUGUGUGUGUGUGUGUGUGUGUGUGUGUGUGUGUGUGUUUGUGUCUCCAGGCCGCGGGGACCUCCAGCCUCAGCUGGACAGUGCCAUGCAGGAGGUCAGCGAUAAAUACCUGCUGCUGGAGGAGACGGAGAAGCAGGCGGUGAGGAAGGCCCUGGUGGAGGAGAGGAGUCGCUUCUGCUGCUUCGUCUCCAUGCUGAAGCCUGUCGUGGAGGAGGAGAUGUCCAUGCUGGGGGAGAUCACUCACCUCCAGACUCUGACCGACGACUUGAAGGCUCUAACUAUGGACCCGCACAAGCUGCCGGCCUCCAGCGAGCAGGUCAUCGUAGACCUGAAGGGCUCCGAGUGCACCUGGUCCUACCAAACUCCGCCCUCGUCGCCGAGCACCUCUAGGAAGUCGAGCAUGUGCAGCAGUCUGAACAGCGUGAACAGCAGCGACUCUCGCUCCAGCGGCUCUCACUGUCACUCCCCCACCUCCCACUUCCGCUACCGCGCCUCCUCGUCCUCCUCCUCCUCGGUGCUCCCCCAGCAGGCGCCGGCCCGCCUCUCUUCGAUCUCCUCCCACGACUCCGGCUUCAUCUCCCAGGACGCCUUCCAGUCCAAAUCCCCCUCACCCAUGCCCCCGGAAACCUCACAGUUGUCAAAUGGUUUCGACCAUCACGCUGCCCUCUGUCUGCACGGGGCGGCGCUGCAGGCCCAGGACAUCCACCUCCACCCUCCAUACUUCACCUCCUCCUCCUCCUCCACCACCACCUCACCCAUCUCCUCGCCUUCCUAUUCGUCUGUCUCUCCCACGUGGCCGUGGUCCCGUUCAGGCUCCGGCCAAUCGGCAGAGCUCCUGCCUCUCAGCCCCUCCGGGCUCGGAAUGAGCCCGACAUCCAGAGUCCCGUCCUGGAAGGACUGGGCCAAACCAGGACCGUACGACCAGUCGAUGGUCAACACCCUGAAGAGGAGCAGGGACAGGAGAGAGACUACAGAUCCCAGCAGCCACCACGGCGCUGACCUCACCACGACAGGGGAGGAGCCACAGGGGGUGAAAGGAAACCACGCUGUGACAUCACACAAGGAGGACAGGGAGACCCAUGAGGAGCUGGCCCGGGCGCUGGCCCGAGGCCUCCGCUUGGACAUCCACGGCUCCAGCAGAGACUCACUGCAGGGAUCAAGUGGCUACAGCAGCCAGACCAACACACCCUGCUGCUCAGAGGACACCAUCCCCUCACAAGUAUCAGACUGUGACUACUACUCGGUGGGAGCGGAUCAGGAAGGCGAGCAUCAGCAGACGUCAGACUUUGAUAAAUCCUGCACCAUCCCCAGAAACAGCGACAUCAGUCAGUCGUACCGCCGCAUGUUCCAGUCCAAGCGCCCGGCCUCCACUGCCGGGCUGCCCUCCAACCCCGCUGCCAUAAUCACCCCGGGCGUCGCCACCAUCCGACGGACGCCAUCCUCCAAACCCAACCUGCGACGGCCCUCUGGGGGCCUUAGCUUGGGCCCCAUACCAAUCAAGCCCCCCAUGAUCCCAGUCAAGACCCCCACUGUGCCUGAACAUCCGGGUUUCCCCAACAGGGCGGCAUCGGAGGACGGCAACGCAUCGCGAACCCCGCUCAGCCCAGCCACCACCCCUCUGUCACCGAGAUCCGUCCCGUGGGAGACCCAGCACCCGAGCCAGGGGUCGGAUCCUCCCACCCCGCCACCGCAGCCCGGCAGUCGGGUGUCAGAGUGGGAGCGCCGGCCUCUCCCGGAGCUCCUGGAGGAAUCGGAAUUAUGCGAGGUGGAGGAUUUUCUGGUGGCUAUCCGACGAGGCGUCAGGCUCAAGAAGACGUCGACCAAUGACCGAUCAGCGCCGUGUAUUCACUGAGACGACACGGGUCGGCUUGACUUGAGCCAUUUUGCGUCCCUGUCUGCAUAUCAGCAAAUAUGCUCUUGAAGGGACACAAAAUGGUUAUUUAACAAGUUAACGCAAAUUGGAGCUUUGGCAUCAAAUGGACGCCGAGGUUUGGAGGAAGUUGCCCAGAGACUCUGAUCGAGGAUCAGUUCAGAAAUUAGCUAACAAAACUUUGCAUUUAAGUUAUAGAAAUGCUGAAUUUGCUGAGAAACUUGGCACCAAUCACCUUUUCUUUUGGCCAAAGAGAAAUAGUUCAAACGAGGGAUGACAACCCUUUUGUUUGAGGUUUUGAGACCAGUUUGAGAGAGUUCAGCGAGUACACACAUAGUUUAAAAAUCUCUUUUCUGAACUGAAAGAAACUAAUGUUGGUAAAGUAGAAGUUUCUCGUCUCAAUUCAGAUUUCAUCCAACAACAAUCUAGACCUUCGUAAAGCAUCGAUCGACUUGUUCCGGCAAAGAAUUAAAAGCACUUCCGUCAGUAUUGCUCUUUGACUAACUGGAGGUUUCUUAACACUGGUGCUGAUCCGACAUCAGUUACGCUGGGCAACUUCAGCACAAAAAAGAACAGAACAUCGUUGUCGAAGAAGUCAUAGCAGCGACUUCUUAGAUUAAUGCGUCGUAUUGGAAAGAAAAGACAGAUAGAUAUGAUUCUGGAAGGGUUGAUGGAGUAUUUUCAAAAGAUCAAAUCAUGAUUUGUAUGUACAUAUUUAUAUUUUGACGUGUUUGUACGUUUUGUUUGUCAUACAUCCCUUAGUCUCCCGUUUCCACUCAAGGUGCCAAAAGCCUGAGGGCUCAAAUAUUCUCUUAUCGAAUUGAAAUUAUGCUGGAACUUUUUCUUUCUGUAAAAACAUAGACGAGGUGUUCGAUAGAGAAUGAAAGAAAGACGAAUUGAGCUUCUACGCAAACUGAAAAGAGUAUUUGUAUAUGUUAGCAUAUUGAAGAGUGGUGUUAGUUAUUAAUACCACACACAGUAGAUUAACCUGCAUGUUCUUUUUGCCCCAAUAUAAACAAACAUUUUGUCUUUUAAAUUAGAUUUACCAGACAGUUAAACCCGUGACAUCCCAGCAGUGGAGGUUUAGGAACCGUGGAGGCCGACAAGGUGCUGGAUUUAGUCUGCUGUUAGCUGAAUGAUCUUUUUACAGCAUUUCACUUCUGUAAAGCACUUUAAAUGUUUAAAAGAAAAUCCAAAAACAGGAGAAACUACAUUUUUUUCUUGCAUCUACACGAUGUGAACUUUGUGGGCCUCCAGGUUCACGAACCCUUCUGUCCCAACAUGUUGCUAAUCUACCAGCUACAGUACGUAGCAGCUGUGUGUUAGCAUACACGUCCAGGUCCAUGGUAGUAAUAGAGGUCGUUACUACUUAGCUAUAGUACUUGGAGUUCUGUGGAUCAGUGUAUUGGUCUGUUACUGCUAUGACGUGUACACUGUUUGGAAAGAGAACCGGUUUAUAAACUGGGAUCGAGUUUCCUUUAGUCCUAAACUAUCUGUGCUUACUAGCCAUCAAACACCAACUGUCCGCAAUAUAGACGAUGUUUUUAACACUCUGGCAGCCAUGUUGGAGGUCUACAGCUCACAGCUGAUCGCAUCCCUUAAAUGUGCAAUUUGGUUGUUUUAACAGAAUUUAAAAGACGUUUCACAGCCUAAACUGCUGGAUGAACACGCGUACUGCACAUGUGCAAACUAGUACAACACACCUGUUGUUAAACAUGCUAUUGUUUCCCUGAUGAAGCUACAUUGUGAGCUGAAAUCAGCCGGAGAAGCGCUAGUUAACGUUAGCGGUUAGCAGCUGGUGGGCAGCACAGUGCUGCUUGGCUAAAUAUUAUCUUGUAAAAUUGAGUUUUUGGUGAGAAACUUAAAGUAAAAUAGUUUGAAGGAUGUGUUUUUGUGGCAACAUAAAAUCAAUAUUAAAGAGUUAUGACUUCUUUAACUUCGGUACUUGUAUCAGUCAAUACUCAAGUUCAGGUAACAUAGGAAAACAUAGUACCAGAACAGCUCUAACUUAUUUGCUGCCUAAUUAUUAGCUAAAUAUAAAUAUAUACCGAUAGAUUAAAUGAAUCAUUUGGAGAAUAGCUAAUGUACAGCUCUUAGUGGAAGCCAUCAUAGUAGCCAGUGGUGGAAUGUAACUAAGUACAUUUACUCUAUUUUCUGUUACUUUAUAUUUCUACUCCACUACGAUCCAUAUGAUUAAUACAAAUUAUUGUCCAGCUGAUAAAUGAUCAGUAAUUGUCACUGGAUUAUAAGUAAAAGUGUGUUUUUACACUGAGGUAUUGUUCUGAUUUAGUUAGCUUAACAUAAAUAUAUUUUGUUUAAAAUGAUCUAUUUUGGACACUAGCUGUGUGCAGAAGCAGAAGCUAGCUCUGUAGCAUGAUGAAAUGCUACCAGACGCAUCACCACACAAAUCUCAGCUCUGUAGACCUCCAUUAUGGCGCCAGAUCUAUUUUGUGUGAAACCGACUGAAAAUCCUCUUUUAGGUUCAACGGUCACAGCGGAACACGAGCUUAACCUGCCGUGCACCGAUAUUCAUGUACAACUGCGACACAUAUAUAUAUAUAAGCCUGUAAUAGCUUGUGUAAUUACUAAAUGUCAAAUAGCCUGAUGAGCUGGUGUUUGCAGGUAAUUAGCGCAACGAGCUGAAAUAGACGAAACUUCCCUGUUGCUACUAAAUAACUACUGUUAAUAGUGUCAUCACGAGUCAUUAUUUAUUCAUUUAAAUGUUUUCAGCCAUUUUAUUUUGUGGCUUUACACGUUUCUAAACUCCCAACUGUCCUGUUGAGCAUAUAAAACAUAUUACAAAUAUAUUUAAUAUGCAUGUUGUCUUUUCAUUUUACUUUUAGUUGAACUAAAGAUUGAAUAGUCGGCUUUUUUCUACUGGAACGAUUUGUUUUUUCCUCAGUUGUUCUGCUUCUACAGGACCAGAAUGCAUUGCAGAUGAUCUCGUGUGUUUCCCUGCAGAGAUCAUUGAUGUUUCAUGUUGUGCGACAGCAGUUUGACAGCCUGUAUGAUGACUGAAGUCCGUUUCAUUUCCCAGUUCAGGUUACCGAAUACAAUCGAGCAGCUGAUGCGAUAAGCAUAUGAAGCUGAAUGUUGGAGCCUGUGAGGUUAAACUGUGUGAGACGCCAACACACACACACUGAGCAUUAGAGAAGUGAUUAUUAAUGGAUCACAUUAAAUAUACACGUUAGAUACAGUUUAUAAUCACUGGUCCGGUGUGUGUGUGUGAGAGAGAGAUAUAUCUAUUGUUUCUGUCUCUGAGCUGUCAGUAAAGCAGCCGUCAGUGUGUUUCUGCCCUUUAACAUUUACACUUUACUUUGAAGACAAGUUGCCAAAUCUCCUGCAGUAUGUGCUCAACGACGCCCUGGAUUUAUUUAUCUUAUUCUCACUAAAGGUGCUGAAUCUGGGGGAGAUUGUCCUUCGAUGCAGCUACUUUCUCGCCACAAAAAUCCCCCAAAUAUUAUUAAAAUUACACUUCUUAAAGUGGACAUCUAAAUUAUGAUUGAAUUGAAGUACCUGAAGUCAUACUACCUACAGUGUCAUGAUACCGGAGGGGCAUUUAAUGGAAAUAGGACAUUUCAGUUACUCAGCAAAUACAGUAUUAAUGCUCCAAAGAACCAAAAAUGUUCUCAAUUAAAUAUGUGCACAUGAUGCUCUUCAGUGUUUAGUUAGAUGUCCUUCUAAAAAGUUUUUUUUUUUUCCUCUAAAGUGCAUUGCCAAAAAGGUUGGAACAUUAAAAUACAGGAAACCCUCAUCCUGAUUUUCAUAUUGUAUAAAAUACAUAAUUUAUCAAUGAAAUUGAGAUAAAACAUUGCUGCUUGUGUCAAAAAUAUAAAUAUAUUCUUUGAUGGGGAAGAAAAUAAUGAAUGAAGUCUGUUAAAUUUGAGCAUAAUUCCUGUUUUUUUGGGUAAUAAUUUGGCCGAUGGAAACAUUUUAAACUACAUUAAUGAUAAACACGUCUUACGUGAUCAAGUGUUUGUGAGCUUCUAUACUUGUAAAGUUUCCUUUGUUUUACUUCAUUUGAUCAAAACAGCACAUGAAUGUAAAAUAUUGGAACCGUUAACUCAGUGAAAUUUCCCACAGGCCUUGAACUCAUCGUAACCGUUACAGAAAUGUUUCUGUCUAAUUUGCUGAAAAACAUUUCCAGAUAAAAAAAGUGUCACUGAAUCCAUCCGACAGGUUUUAUUACAUAUUUAAACAGGUGGAUACUUUAAACUAAAGACUUCAUUACCCAGGAGGCAUCAGAAUACUCCAUCACAGGCCUGUCUGUGGUACUAGAAGUGAAGGCAACAUGUUGGUUUUAUUCUCCUUGUUCUUCUGUCUGACGUCCUGAACACCGUCUCAUAUUUCUAUGUACAGCAGCUGUUUGGAGCUCAAUAAUAAAAUGGUAGCAGACGAUGUGCAUCUGAAUAAA